UUCGAUUUCACGGAGUCGGAGCUUUCGGGUAAGUCGGUUAGGAUUCCACGUUCGUAAAUAUUUAACCAGCUUACUCUUUAUAAGUUGGUUUGCUUUUAAAAACAUUAAAAAUAAAUUUCCUUUCAUAAUUUGGCUUUGUAUGUGUUUAUAAAAAAAGUUUUUUUAAAACAAAUUUAAAACGAGUGAUAGCCAAUGGACAAAGUUAUACAAGUGACGUUAAGCUACAAAGUUAAAAUCGGAGUUGAUGGGUGUAAUCGAACAUCUUAAUAUUUUUAUUGCAGAUUCGAUUCCUCAAAGUAAGUCCCUCCUCCCCCCUCCCCCUCCCACACACCCUCAAACACAUUGUUGUGUCAAACACGCGGCCAGGCCGUCGUAUGCAGAUAUCUGAGCCAGGCAUAGACAGACCAGACAAGCGUGGCCCUAGCGAGGCGGACAUGUUUUCCAUAACGGUAAGAUGUUUGUGACAUCUCAUGCGAAUGUUUGUUUGUCUUUGUGUCAGAAGAGACCAACAGCGGAUUAUUGUUGACAGUAAAAGUGACAGCUGUUGUGUUUAUGAAGCCGAGGAAUUAAACAAAAUUAAUAGAGAAAAUGUGGUUGUUUUUUUAGUGUGCGGGGGGGGGGGCUGUCACGUGUUGUCAACAAAACCAAAAAACAUUUUGUUGUUAUUGUUUGUUUUGUUUUUUUCGUUUGUCAGUUCUUGCGACGAGACAUGACAGACAUGUGUCCAUGUAGCUACUGGCUACCAGCUACCAACUACAGCUGAUGUUUCCAAUAAACUGACGUGAUACGUAGCUAUACAUAUCCUUGAACUUCACAAAUAUUUAGUGGGUGCUAGCAAUUCAUCCCGUCUUGAAUCGCGUUAUUAAAAAAGUGUUCGAAUGUUAAAUAAAUACAUAUCUAUUGAGUAGGGUGGGACCUCCGUCACCCACACCUCUUAAAAAAAAACACCAACCUAUUCAAAUAAAACCAUUGAAACGAGUUUUUUAGCAGCGUGUAAACAAUUGUGAAGCAAUUAGUGAAAUAACUUGUUAAACUUAAGAUCCAUUGAAACAAAUCGAUACAAUGAUAAAUGAACGACUUUGAGUACUAAAACAUCAUUGCAUUGUAGCAUCUUCAGCGCUACAGUUUCCACGACGGUGUUACUUUCGCCUCGUUCACGUCUGAAUAGCGUCCUGUACUGCAAUGUGCUAAACUUGGUGGUGUCCUGUACUGUAAUGUGCUACACUUGGUAGUGUCCUGUACUGUAAUGUGCUACACUUGGUAGUGUCCUGUACUGUAAUGUGCUACACUUGGUUGUGUCUCGUACUGUAAUGUGCUAAACUUGGUAGUGUCCCCUACUGUAAUGUGCUAAACUUGGUAGUGCCGUACUGUAAUGUGCUAAACUUGGUAGUGUCCUGUACUGUAGUGUGCUAAACUUGGUAGUGUCCUGUACUGUAGUGUGCUAAACUUGGUAGUGUCCUGUACUGUAGUGUGCUAAUCUUGGUAGUGCCGUACUGCAAUGUGCUAAACUUGGUAGCGUCCUGUACUGUAAUUUGCUAAACUUGGUAGUGUCCUGUACUGUAAUGUGCUAAACUUGGUAGUGUCCUGUACUGUAGUGUGCUAAACUUGGUAGUGUCCUGUACUGUAGUGUGCUAAACUUGGUAGUGUCCUGUACUGUAGUGUGCUAAACUUGGUAGUGCCGUACUGCAAUGUGCUAAACUUGGUAGCAUCCUGUACUGUAAUGUGCUAAACUUGGUAGUGUCCUGUACUGUAAUGUGCUAAACUUGGUAGUGUCCUUUACUGUAGUGUGCUAAACUUGAUAGUGUCCUGUACUGUAGUGUGCUAAACUUGGUAGUGUCCUGUACUGUAGUGUGCUAAACUUGGUAGUGUCCUGUACUGUAGUGUGCUAAACUUGGUAGUGUCCUGUACUGUAGUGUGCUAAACUUGGUAGUGUCCUGUACUGUAGUGUGCUAAACUUGGUAGUGUCGUUUACUGUAAUGUGCUAAACUUGGUAGUGUCCUUUACUGUAAUGUGCUAAACUUGGUAGUGUCCUGUACUGUAGUGUGCUAAACUUGGUAGUGUCCUAUGCUGUAAUGUGCUAAACUUGGUAGUGUCCUUUACUGUAGUGUGCUAAACUUGGUAGUGUCCUGUACUGUAGUGUGCUAAACUUGGUAGUGCCCUGUACUGUAGUGUGCUAAACUUGGUAGUGUCCUGUACUGUAAUGUGCUAAACUUGGUAGUGUCCUGUUAUGUGCUAACCUUUGUAGUUUCCAAAGUUAAAGUCUCAUUAAUUUCAAAGGGACAAAACUGCGUAUUCUCUUCAUACAACGCUGUUCCAACGGUGGCCUUUCUUAGCAUUAGUUCCAGACAUACGUCUUGAUAUACCGUAUACUAUUUGGUGGCAAGAUCACAUGAAACCAAUUACUUCAAUUUCAACACGGAGCUUCGAUAGUAUCAUAAAGUGAAACAUACUAUAACUGAUGUUGCAAUAAUGUCGUCUGCUGCUGAUUGGUGUCAGCAUUAAUAUCGUCUGCUUCUAAUUGGUGUCAGCAUUAAUGUCGUCUGCUGCUGAUUGGUGUCAGCAAUAAUGGUGUCUGCUGCUGAUUGGUGUCAGCAUUAAUAUCGUCUGCUUCUGAUUGGUGUCAGCAUUAAUGUCGUCUGCUGCUGAUUGGUGUCAGCAAUAAUGGUGUCUGCUGCUGAUUGGUGUCAGCAGUAAUGGUGUCUGCUGCUGAUUGGUGUCAGCAGUAAUGUUGUCUGCUGCUGAUUGGUGUAAGAAGUAAUUUUGUCUGCUGCUGAUUAGUGUCAGCAGUAAUGGCGUCUGGUUCUGAUUGGUGUCAGCAUUAAUGUCGUCUGCUGCUGAUUGGUGUCAGCAAUAAUGGUGUCUGCUGCUGAUUGGUGUCAGCAGUAAUGGUGUCUGCUGCUGAUUGGUGUCAGCAGUAAUGGUGUCUGCUGCUGAUUGGUGUCAGCAGUAAUGGUGUCUGCUGCUGAUUGGUGUCAGCAGUAAUGUUGUCUGCUGCUGAUUGGUGUAAGAAGUAAUUUUGUCUGCUGCUGAUUGGUGUCAGCAGUAAUGUUGAUUGCUGCUGAUUGGUGUAAGAAGUAAUUUUGUCUGCUGCUGAUUAGUGUCAGCAGUAAUGGUGCCUGCUGCUGAUUGGUUUCAGCAGUAAUGUUGCCUGCUGCUGAUUAGUGUCAGCAGUAAUGUUGUCUGCUGCUGAUUGGUGUCAGCAGUAAUGCUGUCAUCUGCUGAUUGGUGUCAGCAGUAAUGUCGUCUGCUGCUGAUUCGUGUGAGUGUUUGAUAUGUCUGAACAUGUGUUUUGAUACUUUGAGUACGUAUGUACUUGAACUUAACGUCAACAAGAUCUGAUUGGCCAUAAGACGUCACUAGUUAUUAUUAGCAACACGCUUGCUGGGUUUUCCCCGGACAAUUUUUAGAAUAUUUUAACGGCAAGGUAAGUCAGAAGCCUGCUGUCACCUUGAAUGUGGUGUUGAUGUCCUUCAAAUAUUUUCAAGGAAAGUGUGUAUGUGUGGGGGGAGAGGGAGGGUGUGCUUAUAAGGCCAACGGCCACCUGCCAAUAAUUUGUUUGACCGUUGCAAUAAUUUAAUGAACACAUUUUUUUCCAAUUAGUUUUUUUUACACAAAUUUACAUAAUCAAGGCCAUGUAAAGUAUAUACGUGACAGACGAGGACUUAAUGGGAAACAGAUCAUACUCUGAGAACCUCUUAAAAAAAAGGACUGCAAUAGGAAACAGAUCAUACUCUGAGAACCUCUUAAAAAAAAGGACUGCAAUAGGAAACAGAUCAUACUCUGAGAACCUCUUAAAAAAAAGGACUGCAAUAGGAAACAGAUCAUACUCUGAGAACCUCUUAAAAAAAAGGACUGCAAUAGGAAACAGAUCAUACUCUGAGAACCUCUUAAAAAAAAGGACUGCAAUAGGAAACAGAUCAUACUCUGAGAACCUCUUAAAAAAAAGGACUGCAAUAGGAAACAGAUCAUACUCUGAGAACCUCUUAAAAAAAAGGACUGCAAUAGGAAACAGAUCAUACUCUGAGAACCUCUUAAAAAAAAGGACUGCAAUAGGAAACAGAUCAUACUCUGAGAACCUCUUAAAAAAAAGGACUGCAAUAGGAAACAGAUCAUACUCUGAGAACCUCUUAAAAAAAAGGACUGCAAUAGGAAACAGAUCAUACUCUGAGAACCUCUUAAAAAAAAGGACUGCAAUAGGAAACAGAUCAUACUCUGAGAACCUCUUAAAAAAAAGGACUGCAAUAGGAAACAGAUCAUACUCUGAGAACCUCUUAAAAAAAAGGACUGCAAUAGGAAACAGAUCAUACUCUGAGAACCUCUUAAAAAAAAGGACUGCAAUAGGAAACAGAUCAUACUCUGAGAACCUCUUAAAAAAAAGGACUGCAAUAGGAAACAGAUCAUACUCUGAGAAUCUCUUUAAAAAAAGGACUGCAAUAGGAAACAGAUCAUACUCUGAGAACCUCUUAAAAAAAAGGACUGCAAUAGGAAACAGAUCAUACUCUGAGAACCUCUUAAAAAAAAGGACUGCAAUAGGAAACAGAUCAAACUCUGAGAAUCUCUUAAAAAAAAGGACUGCAAUAGGAAACAGAUCAUACUCUGAGAACCUCUUAAAAAAAAGGACUGCAAUAGGAAACAGAUCAAACUCUGAGAAUCUCUUAAAAAAAAGGACUGCAAUAGGAAACAGAUCAUACUCUGAGAACCUCUUAAAAAAAAGGACUGCAAUAGGAAACAGAUCAUACUCUGAGAACCUCUUUAAAAAAAGGACUGCAAUAGGAAACAGAUCAUACUCUGAGAACCUCUUAAAAAAAAGGACUGCAAUAGGAAACAGAUCAAACUCUGAGAAUCUCUUAAAAAAAGUACUGCAGUGGGACAGAAUCUAGCAGAGUUACAAACCUGAGUGGGAGGUGCGGAACGGAUGUUGUUAAAAGCUGGAUGACGACACAUGUCCGUUACUGACACCAUGGACAUUCUCAACCUGUUUGACCGCAUUUAAUUCUCUGUGUAGAGAGAUGGGGGUAGGUGGUGGUGGGGGGGUAGAAGGAUGGGGGUGGAUUAGGCCGAGAGAGAGCUUCAAAAAACUGUUUCCUUUGACAUUGAGGUUAAAAUUAUUUUAAAUUUAUCCUGAAAACGACAUUUAAAAAAAAAAGUUUUGUAAAAAUAGCAAACACAUCUGUCUAUUGUUUUGUUAAAAUAGUAUUCAUAGCUGUGUAUUGGUGUGUUAAAACUUAAAAAAAAAAUAAUUUUGAUUAAAUAGUUGUACAAUUAAGUUACCGUAUUUUCCGACGUAUAAGACAACUUUUUAACCCAUGAAAAUCGUAUUGAAAAGUCGGGGGAGGGGGGGGGGGUCGUCUUAUAAGCUGGUGUACGGCGUGCUGAAACUUCAGGGACAGGCGCCCUCUAGUUCCAGAUUGGUUGACAGAUUAGGAAACCAACAGCAUGGCAGUCCCCAAUGGGUUUAUUGUCUUAUCCUUCCAUUCAGCUUUAGAGUGGAUUAGGAAAAGUUCAAUCCACUUGCACUGUUUUAUGUUGACAUGUUUGAUGACAAAGAGCCUUAUGUUUGUUAGUGACCGUUUUCCUGCUAAUUACCUGCAUGCCAUAAGCAUUUGAUUUAAAAUUACCAUAUUGAAAUAAUAUGUGAUUUUCAUUUUUUUUUUUUUAAAUUUGGCCUGCGUUGGAAGAGGGAUUGUCUUAUACGGCGAGUAUGGUCAAGACCCUAUAUUUUAACAAGAAAAGUAGGGAGUCGUCUUAUACGGCUAGUAUGGUCCAGACCCUAUAUUUUAACAGGAAAAGUAGGGAGUCGUCUUAUACGGCUAGUAUGGUCCAGACCCUAUAUUUUAACAGGAAAAGUAGGGAGUCGUCUUAUACGGCCAGUAUGGUCCAGACCCUAUAUUUUAACAAGAAAAGUAGGGAGUCGUCUUAUACGGCUAGUAUGGUCCAGACCCUAUAUUUUAACAGGAAAAGUAGGGAGUCGUCUUAUACGGCGAGUAUGGUCCAGACCCUAUAUUUUAACAGGAAAAGUAGGGAGUCGUCUUAUACGGCCAGUAUGGUCCAGACCCUAUAUUUUAACAGGAAAAGUAGGGAGUCGUCUUAUACGGCCAGUAUGGUCCAGACCCUAUAUUUUAACAGGAAAAGUAGGGAGUCGUCUUAUACGGCCAGUAUGGUCCAGACCCUAUAUUUUAACAGGAAAAGUAGGGAGUCGUCUUAUACGGCGAGUAUGGUCCAGACCCUAUAUUUUAACAGGAAAAGUAGGGAGUCGUCUUAUACGGCGAGUAUGGUCCAGACCCUAUAUUUUAACAGGAAAAGUAGGGAGUCGUCUUAUACGGCGAGUAUGGUCCAGACCCUAUAUUUUAACAGGAAAAGUAGGGAGUCGUCUUAUACGGCGAGUAUGGUCCAGACCCUAUAUUUUAACAGGAAAAUUAGGGAGUCGUCUUAUACAUCCAGUCGUCGCAUACGCCGGAAAACAUGGUACAUUAUUUGUAUGAUCCGUGUAUAGUUUGGUAAUGUUUGCGUUCCACGGUUUCAUACUGCAGUACGGUUUCACUUCAGCCUUUAACGUCAGCCUUUAACGUCAGCAUUUCUGUGUCUCGUCCACCGCACCCGAUGUAUUCUAAGCAUCAUUCUUAAGGCUACCCACAGAUUUGGCAUGACAUACUUAUAACUUACGGAUGUUUAUGAAUUUAGCGGCUUCCAUUGGAAGCUUCGCAGCAUGAGGAAAUAAUUCUUCGGCUGUAUUUAGUUCAGUCAACAGAUCACGUCCAUUUACACAUCGGUAUUCCCUUGAUACUUUAACUUACUCUACAAACCUUGGACAUGCUGCUCUGAGCUUAUCGUUGUCUGCCAGAUGUUUUUUUUUUAUAGGUCAUUUAAAAAUCCCCAUGUGUCAUUGACACUUUACAACAUGUCAAAAUUCUCUCAUAAAGAAUGUAUAGCUCUGUACAGUAAUACAUUGAACACGUGAUUUAAGAAACAAAACAAAACUGAUUAUAGGGCACCUAAAAGAAAUAACGUCUGCCUCUGCCAGUAGCGACCUUUGCCACCACGUCCAGUGCGCGGACACAUGGUUUAUUUAGUACGGCAGACACACAUACGAUUUGUGUAGUAUGACAGACAAACAUGCAAUUUGUGUAUUAUGACAGACAAUCUUAUGUGUAUCCAGUGAGCUGACUACUCAAGCAACAAAGUGUGCCCCUAGAUGUUGCUUACAGUUGUUUGCCAGGGUAGCAGGGAUCCUAUUUGUAAUGCCAUUGUAGCAGUGGGUCCUAUUUGAACUUCCAUUGUAGCAGUGGAUCCUAUUUGUAAUUCCAUGGUAGCAGUGUGUCCUAUGUGUAAUGCCAUUGUAGCAUUUAAUCCUAUUUGUAAUUCCAUUGUAGCAGUGGAUCCUAUUUGUAAUUCCAUUGUAGCAGUGGAUCCUAUUUGUAAUGCCAUUGUAGCAGUGGGUCCUAUUUGAAAUGCCAUUGUAGCAGUGGGUCCUAUUUGAAAUGUCAUUGUAGCAGUGGAUCCUAUUUGUAAUUCCAUUGUAGCAGUGGGUCCUAUUUGUAAUGCCAUUUGUGGCAGUGGAUCCUAUUUGUAAUUCCAUUGUAGCAGUGGGUCCUAUUUCUAAUGCCAUUGUACCAAUGGGUCCUAUUUGUAAUUCCAUUGUAGCAGUGGGUCCUAUUUCUAAUGCCAUUGUAGCAGUGGGUCCUAUUUGUAAUUCCAAUUUAGCAGUGGAUCCUAUUUGUAAUUCCAUUGUAGCAGUGGGUCCUAUUUGUAAUGCCAUUUGUGGCAGUGGAUCCUAUUUGUAAUGCCAUUGUAGCAGUGGGUCCUAUUUGAAAUGCCUUUGUAGCAGUGUAUCCUAUGUGCAAUGCCUUUGUAGCAGUGGGUCCUAUUUGUAAUGCCAUUGUAGCAGUGGGUCCUAUUUGUAAUUCCAUUGUAGCAGUGGGUCCUAUUUCUAAAGCCAUUGUGGCACAGGCUGUGCUGGUCAUGGUAUCAAUAGGUCCGACCUGAGUUUUCCGUAUUCAUUAGGUCCAACCUGUGAUAGCACAAUAACAUUCGGCCUAUCUUCUGAUGUUCAACCAAAGCCUGACAUUUCUAGGUGUGUUGUCAUGUUUUUUUCGUAGAUAGCGACACGCUUGCCGCACUCCUGACAGUGAUGGAUGUCUGGUUGUCAUGUUCCCUCGGUGACAGUCUCACGUUGUGAUACCAGACACGAGCAGGCCAUGAUGGCCGAAUACUACAGAAAUAGGGGGGGGGGGACGGGGGGCGGUCACACAAUUAUGACAUUGUUGAACACACCCCUACCCUUCAUAACGUUAUAUAACAUUUAUAUUAACCACCCUCCCCAAAAUAUUAUAUAACUAGCAAAUAUACCCGACGUUGCCCGGGAUUGCGUUCGGAAAAAACAACAACUUCUUAAGCCUUUUUAAUAAACAUUAAAUUUAAGGGCCAGGUAAAAAAACAACCUCAGCCCUAAUAAAAAUACAACUGACCCCUAAAAAAAGAACAACGUCACCCCUAUAAUAAAAAAACCUCAACCCUAUAGUAAAAAAACAACCUCACCCCUAUAGUAAAAAAACAACGUCACCCCUAUAGUAAAAAAACAACCUCACCCCGAUAGUAAAAAAACAACCUCACCCCUAUAGUAAAAAACAACCUCACCCCUAUAGUAAAAAAACAACCUCACCCCUAUAGUAAAAAAACAACGUCACCCCUAUAGUAAAAAAAAACCUCACACCUAAUAAAAAAAACAACCUCACCCCUAUUGUAAAAAAACAACCUCACCCCUAUAGUAAAAAAACAACCUCACCCCUAUAGUAAAAAAACAACCUCACACCUUUAGUAAAAAAACAACCUCACCCCUAUAGUAAAAAAACAACCUCACCCUUAUAGUAAUAAAAACAACCUCACCCUUAUAGUAAUAAAAACAACCUCACCCUAUAGUAAAAAAAACCUCACCCCUCUAGUAAAAAAACAACCUCACCCCUUUAGUAAAUAAACAACCUCACCCCUAUAGUAAAAAAACAACCUCACCCUUAUAGUAAUAAAAACAACCUCACCCCUAUAGUAAAAAAAACCUCACCCCUAUAGUAAAAAAAACAACCUCACACCUAUAGUAAAAAAAACAACCUCACCCCUAUAGUAAAAAAACAACCUCACCCCUAUAGUAAAAAAACAACCUCACCCCUAUAGUAAUAAAAACAACCUCACCCCUAUAGUUAAAAAAAAAACAACAAAAAAAAAAAAACAAAUAACUUGUAUCCUAUAAAAAGACAUUUAAAAUAACUUUUGUAAACCUUUCGUUCCUUGAUGGGAUCCCGAUCCAGAGGGAUUCCGAUCCCGUGUGGAUCCCGAUACCUUUAUGUUUCCGAUCCAAUCGCUUUUCCGAACCCUGUGGGUUCUCGAUCCCGUCGGUGUCCCGAUCCCGGUGGGAUCCCGAUCCCGGCGAGAUGCCAAUCCCGAUUGUAUCAUAAGCCCAGUGUGAUCCCGUUUCCGGUGGGAUCUUGAUACGGUGGGAUCCCGGUGGAAUCCCGAUGCCGAUUGGAUCCCGAUACCGGUGGGAUAACGAUAACGAUUCCUGCUCUUCCUAUCACCCCUUCGACAGCUUCGCUCCUCCCCAGACACGCGUAUUCUGUCCAUUCCCAAGACACACACUAAAACAUAUGGUGAACGAUCUUUCUCUUUCUGCGCCCCCAAACAAUGGAAUUCUUUGCCACUACACAUCUGCAAUAUACCAACCACCCAGGCCUUCAAAAGUCCACUCAAAACACAUCUCUUUAAACUCUACUACCCUGACUGAUUCCCCUUCUCUGACCGAUAAAUGAUUUUGUUGGCUGCCGUCCAUGGUUUGCCUUGUAAAAGUCCUGGGGUUCAUGCUGUUCUUUAUUUCAUAGUUGUAUUUGAUUUUUAAUGUCAUUAUUAUGUCUCUUUUGAUAAUAUUUUUAUGUACAGCGCGGUGAGCCCACCUGCGCUAUAAAAGACCACUAAUUAUUAUUAUUAUUAUUAUUAUUCAGAUUCCGGUGUGAUCCCGAUCCUUGUUGUAUGAUAAUCCUGGUGUGAUCUCGUUCCCUGUGGAAACCCGAUACUGGUGGGAUUCUGUUUCCCGGUGUGAUCCCCAUCCCGGUGGGUUUCCGUUUCACGGUGGAAUCCCAUGUCAUGGUUUGGAUCCCCUGACCCCGUUACUCGAUGGGAUUCCGUUACCGCUGGGUUCCAUUUUCCUCGUUCCCCUUUAGGAUCCUGUUCAUCGUUGUGAUUUUUUUUCCCGGUAGGAUUAUGGAGGACAUGUUUAGAGAAAAUCCCCAGGAAAAUCCCCAGGAAAGUAUAGAAAUGAUUAGAACUGAACUGUCAUUUCAAUAAAUUUCUAGAUACCAUUAUAUAUCCCCGAAGAACAUAAUAGAACUUUCUGGAACAUUCUAGAUUUAAUUUAAUAUCCUCCUCAAAACGUGUAAUAAUGUCUUUUCUGCGUAAUUAUCUUUCAAAUACGACACAUUAUACAACUAAAUGCACUUCUAUAACUAAAACACAUUUAAGUUGAAAGAGGGGCCCCAUCGGGGGUCCAUUCCAUAAUUGUGCCGAAUUAGUUAUGCCUGAGAUAAGGGGCCCUAUAAAAAUCAGUCAAUUAAGUUAUGCAUUUAAAAAUUGUUCCAUUAAAAUCUAUUUAUUAAUGCGCAAAUAUAGCUUUUUAAAUUAUCGAACAUUCUGAAAAUUCUAGAUUGGAUAUUUUUAGUUGUAACCCCCCCCCCCCCCACCCACCCCCCCAAAAAAAACAAAAAACAAAAAACAACAACAAAAAAACAACAAAAAAACAACACAAUGUAACAAAAUGAUAAACCGACCCCUACCCCCUUCACAUCACAUCAUAUGCGCACGGUCCCUUAACAUUCAGAAGAAAUGUCUGGGAUUUAAAUAACGAGAGAACAGACGAAAACAGGAAGUUAAGAAGAUAUGUCACUAUGUCAGUGGUUCUCAAAGUGUGCUGACGGGAGAAAAUUGGCUUCUUCACGCGAGGCGCCUGGAAAUAUUACACACAUUUUAUAAUAUUUACAUUUUAAAGUCUAGCUGUCAACUUGAAAGCCAGUAACUCAAUUAGUAACAAAUAUAUAAGCCAGUAACUCAGUUAUAAUAAGAACUAUAUAUAAGCCAGUAGCUCAUUUUGUAAGAACUAUAUAAGCCAGUAUCUCAGUCAGUAAGAACUAUAUAAGCCAGUAACUUAGUUAGUAAGAACUAUAUAAGCCAGUAACUUAGUUAGUAAGAACUAUAUAAGCCCGUAAUUCAGUUAGUAAGAACUAUAUAAGCCAGUAACUUAGUAAGAACUAUAUAAGCCAGUAAUUCAGUUAGUAAGAACUAUAUAAGCCAGUAACUUAGUUAGUAAGAACUAUAUAAGCCAGUAACUUAGUUAGUAAGAACUAUAUAAGCCAGUAACUUAGUAAGAACUAUAUAAGCCAGUAAUUCAGUUAGUAAGAACUAUAUAAGCCAGUAACUCAGUCAGUAAGAACUAUAUAAGCCAGUAACUUAGUUAGUAAGAAUUAUAUAAGCCAGUAACUUAGUUAGUAAGAACUAUAUAAGCCAGUAAUACAGUUAGUAAGAACUACAUAAGCCAGUAACUUAGUUAGUAAGAACUAUAUAAGCCAGUAAUUCAGUUAGUAAGAACUAUAUUAUAAGCCAUUUUAACUAGACUUGUAGGGUUUGAUCUGAACAUUUUAACUAGACUUGCAGGGUUUGUUCUGAACAUUUUAACUAGACUUGAAGGGUUUGUUCUGAACAUGUAAACUAGGAACAUAGUUAUGUUGCAAUAAAGCUUUUAUUUAUCCGUGGGGUAUAUAUAGGAAUUUUUUUUAUAUUUUGAAUUCCAUACUGUGGAAUCAGUUAAUUGAGGCAACAUGACCUCUUUCAUCUGACAAAAUGACCUGUCUCAUCUGACAAAAUGACCUGUCUCAUCUGUCAAAAUGACCUGUCUCAUCUGACAAAAUGACCUGUCUCGUGUGAAAAAAAUAACCUGCCUCAUCGAACUAAAUAACCUUUCUGCUAUGACAAAAUGACCUGUCUCAUCUGGCAAAAUAACCUGUCUCAUCUGGCAAAAUGACCUUUCUUAUCUGGCAAAAUGACCUGUCUCAUCUGGCAAAAUGACCUGUCUCAUCUGGAAAAAUGACCUGUCGCAACUGGCAAAAUGACCUAUCUCAUCUGGCAAAAUGACCUGGCAAAAUGGCCUGUCUCAUCUGGCAAAAUAGCCUGUCUCAUCUGGCAAAAUGGCCUGUCUCAUCAGGCAAAAUGGCCAGUCUCAUCAGGCAAAAUGACCUGUCUAAUCUGGCAAAAUUUCCUGUCUCAUCUUGCAAAAUGACCUGUCUCAUCUGGCAAAAUGACCUGUCUCAUCUGGCAAAAUGGCAGCUCCUUUUGACUGACAAAACAAAUCGUCCUCCGCAACUAGCUCAAUGUUUCCAGCAUAACUGUGUUUGAGGUCUUUAUUAAGCAUAUUUAGACUUCCUUUAAAAACAUAAUUUUUGCCUAACUUUUUGUUCUUGUCUCAUCUGCCAACAGAAGAACGUCAUCUUGUCCUGCCUGUUUGGCCUCAUCUAUGGUCACGUGGACAGUUUCCUGACGUCGCCGGAUGUGGACACACAGGCUGGGUUUUUCCCUGACUCGGGUUUCCUGACAGCAGUUCCACACUUGGGUAAACAAACCACAUGUCAUUAUCAUACACUUGGGUAAACAAACCACAUACCAUUUAUCAUACACUUGGGUAAACAAACCUCAUGCCAUUUAUCAUACACUUGGGUAAACAAACCACAUGACAUUUAUCAUACUCUCGGGUUAACAAAUCACAUGUCAUUUAAGUAUGUUCGAUUGAAAGCAAGUUGCUAUACACUCUGUUUGAAAAGAUUCGGGGCUAUUACUGAUGGGUAUAACUGGCAUAUUUUCUAAAAAAAUUAUACCGAAAAAUAUAAUAUUCAUUAUUAAAAAAAAAAGACUUGAUUAAAUCUCAUCACGAUCAAAUUUGGUGUGGAGCUGCUCUCAAAGUAAUGGGAUAUCAACGCCGAUCUCUCUCUAUGCGUGUAGGUGAGUGGAAGAGAGGGAUUCCAGAGAUUUAUUGUGAUGUAAAAUAUAGUGAAAACGUGUUUAUUAAGUGAAACAGGAAGAGGGAGAUAAUCUUUGUGAUAGGUGACUGCUUAUUUGAAGAUUACUUCCCUUAAUUUCUCUUAGAGUACUUCUUUAUAGAUAUAUAUACAUUUUAAAAUUACAGAUUUCAAGUCAUUGAAGCAAAACUAAUCUUACCAUUGUCAUAGCACUUUAUUAAUGCUGUCAGAACACAGACUUGACGUUGUCAUAGUACAAAAAUUAACAAUGCAAUGUUAAUUUUUUUAUUUUUUUAUUUACAAUUCGGUGCAACUUUCAUAAUACUACAUUACAAGUGUCACAAUACUACAGUACAACGGUCACAAUACUACAGUACACCUGUUUCAAUACUACAUUACAGCUGUCCCAAUGCUACAGUACAACUUUCACACUACUACAGUACAACGGUCACAAUACUACAUUACAGCUGUCCCAAUGCUACAGUACAACUUUCACACUACUACAGUACAACAGUCACAAUACUACAUUACAGCUGUCCCAAUGCUACAGUACAACUUUCACACUACUACAGUACAACGGUCACAAUACUACAGUGCACCUGUUUCAAUACUACAUUACAGCUGUCCCAAUGCUACAGUACAACUUUCACACUACUACAGUACAACGGUGACAAUACUACUGUACACCUGUUUCAAUACUACAUUACAGCUGUCCCAAUACUACAGUACAACUUUCACACUACUACAGUGGCAAUAUGAUGAUGCAAAUGACCAACAUAUUUAUAUGCUCAUUCAGAGAGCCGUAGCCAUCAAAACCCCAACUACUACCACCACGGCAGCCACUACAACCACCUCGGCACCACCUUCCUCCGCGACGGCGCGGGGAAUAAUGUCGACACCAUCCUCCACCCGAGGGACGCGUUGGCCAAACGCCUGCAGUGAGUAUCUCAGUUCAGCCACCGUCAGAAGCUCAGGCGCCCCGCAGAGCUCUACUGUCAGAGGGACAACAAACGUUUGUGCUCGGCACUUGAAUAUUACUCAUUGAAAAGUCCUGCCUCAUUGCUCCGUCUCUACGUCAUUUUAAGUGCAUCAUGGCGUACGUCGUACAGGCGGUACCGUCACGUCCGUGUCAGAGGGGGGAUCAUUCAUGUUUAAAUUGGAUAAGAUAAUUUGGGAGUUGUUUUCCUUUAGUUAUUCUCUCCCUGUUUCUCUUUCUCGCCUCUCUCUCCUCCCUCUCUUUCUCUCUCUUUCUCUCUCUCUCUCUCUUUCUUUCUCUCUUUCUCUCUCUCUUUUUUCUCUCCCUCACUCUCUCUUUUUCUUUCUCUCUCUUCUCUCUCUCUUUCACUCUCUUUCUUUCUCUCUCCCCCUACCACCACACACACCACACCGUGAAAUUAAAAAAAAUACUGUUCCAUUUUUAAGCACGCAAUUUCCUAAACAAAAAUGAUGACGUAAUUAUAAUUUUGAAAUAACAUUCUUUUAAGGCUUGAAUCCUAAAAACCAAUGAAAACUAUACUUUUCAGAACUAUGUUCAUGCUAAUGCUAUUUGUAGCGCGAUGUCCUUUUGACCACGUGACGCGUUGAUCAAUCAAAUCUCUGACUCCUAUCUGGUCAAUAAUUUAGUAUCUGGAUCGAUAUCCCGUUUAAGUUCAAAAGAAAAAAAAAUCAUCCCUCUAUCCACAGUAUCGUUUCGUGCGCAAUAAGACAGUCCAGUUGAUCUGACCGCAGCAAGUCAUUGUAAAUGUGGUCUUUGUUUGGGUCAAUUCAGGACCAUCGAGUCGAUCUGACUGUAGCAAGUCAUUGUAAAUGUGGUCUUUGUUAGGGUCGAUUCAGGACCAUCGAGUCGAUCUGACUGUAGCAAGUCAUUGUAAUUGGGGUCUUUGUUAGGGUCAAUUCAGGACCAUCGAGUCGAUCUGACUGUAGCAAGUCAUUGUAAAUGUGGUCUUUGUUAAGGUCAAUUCAGGACCAUCGAGUCGAUCUGACUGUAGCAAGUCAUUGUAAAUGUGGUCUUUGUUAGGGUCGAUUCAGGACCAUCGAGUCGAUCUGACUGUAGCAAGUCAUUGUAAUUGUGGUCUUUGUUAAGGUCAAUUCAGGACCAUCGAGUCGAUCUGACUGUAGCAAGUCAUUGUAAUUGUGGUCUUUGUUAGGGUCAAUUCAGGACCAUCGAGUCGAUCUGACUGUAGCAAGUCAUUGUAAAUGUGGUCUUUGUUAAGGUCAAUUCAGUACCAUCGAGUCGAUCUGACUGUACCAAGUGAUUGUAAAUGUGAUCUUUGUUAAGGUCAAUUCAGUACCAUCGAGUCGAUCUGAUUGCUGCAAGUAUUUGUAAAUGUCUUCUUUGUUAGGGUCUAGUCGAACAAGGUUUGGGGGGUGGGGGUGUUAAAGGUAUAUGAGGGAUGGGAGUGGAGGGGGUGACAACAGAUUUGAACUGUCAGCCCACCAUCAUACUUGCCUGUGUCUUACUACCCGUGUAGCCCGGUAACACAUUAUUUUAAUUUGAAUCAUUCAACCUUCCAGAACAAUUAAAAAAACACAACAUGUUAUCACUUUUAUCGUGUUAACACCUAGCAUAAACAAUACCAUUAUUAUUACAACUAUCAUUGUUGUUAUCCUUAUUUAUUAUUAUCUUUAUUAAUUAUUAUCAUUAUUUAUUAUUAUCAUUAUUUAUUAUUAUCAUUAUUUAUUAUUAUCCUUAUUUAUUAUUAUCAUUAUUUAUUCUUUUCAUUAUUUAUUAUUAUCAUUAUUUAUUAUUAUCAUUAUUUAUUAUUAUCAUUAUUUAUUAUUAUCAUUAUUUAUUAUUAUCAUUAUUUUUUAUCAUCAUUAUUUAUAAUUUUUUUUUUUCAUGCAGGCGUUUUAUGACCGCCAUGUCGCAUCGCAAGUUACUUCCGGUCUCGAAAAAUCUGCCCACGACGUCCCACGUAGAGGAUCCCGCCUUCUUACAUUUGUUUACAGGAGCCAAAGAUAAUAAAGGCUAACCGGAAAUGACGCGUGUUAUCUUUUUCUUGGAUAAUUCUGAACUAUCUUAUAAUAAAUGAAUGUAAACUAUAUAUAUAUA